AUCGUUCUCUCCAGGGCCCAUUCUUCAAAUUCUCUACUUUCAUUCACCUUUUUUUGGCCAAUGGCUCCUUCAUUCGCCUCUGAUGACGCUCUGGAACUCCUGUUCCCCGCUGAGCUCAUCUGCCCAGACGUUAGACAGCAGUUACCCGCCGAUUUACAUAUCCGCCCUUUGGCCUCGAGCGAUUACCACCGUGGCCAGCUCGACGUGCUCUCUGUCCUGACGGUCGUGACAGACCCGGGCGAGUCAGCAUGGGUCGCCCAGUUCAAUGCCAUGCGUUCAGCCCCAAAGACAUACUACCCCAUCGUCAUUGUCGACAAGGCCUCUGACCGCAUCGUUGGCGUGGGUUGCGUGUUUAUAGAGCGCAAGUUCCUACGUGGCCUCGGAAGCGUCGGACAUAUCGAGGAUAUAGCGGUCGACAAGAACCAGCAGGGAAAGAAGCUCGGGUUAAGGAUCAUUCAAGCGUUGACAUAUAUCAGCGAGAAUAGCGGGUGCUACAAGACAAUACUGAACUGCAGCGAUGCAAAUAUACCGUUCUACCAAAAAUGUGGCUACCAAAAGAAGGAGAACGAAAUGGCAAAGUACGCUCCCGAGGAGAGAGUUAGCACGCCUCGUUUAUGAACGGACAUUGUCGUAUUAUACCCCUAGAUGAUAGACCGGUCUCAUCUUUACGCCCCAGGACUUUCUUUGGUACCCUAUCCAACAUUGUAAAGUAACAUCUUAUUGAAACCUUAAGUCGAACACGAGUUGUAAAAAUAUAUGCAUCCUGUAUUCGGUUGCUGCAGUGCGGGGCGGAAUCUUUGGUGUGCUAGACACUAAGUAGUUUCGAUCCUAGAAGAAUGGAUGUUAGAC